UUCAGGCUGAGUUCAGAAAGCUCCAGGGAAAACUGAAGAAUGCCCACAAUAUCAUCAACCUCCUCAAAGAACAACUUGUGCUGAGUAGCAAGGAAGGGAAUAGUAAACUUACUCCAGAGCUCCUUGUGCAUCUGACCAGCACCAUCGACGGAAUAAACACAGAACUGGUUGGUUCUCCUGGGAAGCACCAACACCAAGAGGAGGGGAAUGUGACUGUGAGGCCUUUCCCCAGACCCCAGAGCCUUGACCUUGGGGCUACCUUCACAGUGGAUGCCCACCUACUCAUCACAGGUGUCUGUUCCUGGACCUCAGAUGGGUUACUGGGAUCCUCUUUAGGGAAGGAGCCGUGCUGAAGAUUCAGUGAAAUGGAGAAUACAGGGAUUCUGAGAGAAUCAAUGGGACAGAAUGCAAGGGGAGAUGAGUGGAGGGUUCCACCCCUUCUCUUUUUGACCACUGAGAAAACAUUUCCUGAGAGCUCCUCUGUAGACUUGAUUGGUGCUGUGCUGUGUGCUGUGGAUACAGAUAUGAAGAAAACAUUAUCCCAGCGCUCCAGGAGCUCCAUCUGGAAAGCAAGUCACUGCCAAAUGGCAUGAGAAGUGCUGUGACAGACUUGAGUAAAGUCCACAGGGUUCAGAAGGGGCGGUGGUCGUCACUGCAUGGGGGUGACCUCAGACUGUCCUGAUCCCUGUAUUGGCCCCUUUCACAGUUGGAUAACCAGUCGCAGCCUCAUGACCCUGGGCCUCAGUCAGCGUUUAGCCUACCAGGGUCCACCCAGCACCUGCGCUCCCAGCUGUCACAAUGCAAACAACGCUAUCAAGAUCUCCAGGAGAAGCUGCUGCUAUCAGAAGCCACUGUCUUUGCUCAGGCUAACGAGCUGGAGAAAUACAGAGUUAUGCUUACAGGUGAAUCCUUGGUGAAGCAGGACAGCAAGCAGGUCCAGGUGAACCUCCAGGACCUGGGCUAUGAGACUUGUGGCUGAAGCGAGAAUCAGGCUGAACAGGAGGAAACCACCAGUCCUGAGUGUGAGGAGCACAACAGCCUCAAGGAAGUGAUCCUGAUGGAGGGGCUGUGCUCUGAGCAGGGGUGCCGGGGCUGGCUAGUUCGUCUGAGAGGAAGCCCUUGGAGAACCAGCUAGGGAAGCAGGAAGAGUUCCGGGUAUAUGGAAAGUCAGAAAACAUCUCGGUCCUACGAAAGGACAUCAAAGAUCUGAAGGCCCAGCUGCAGAAUGCCAACAAGGUCAUUCAGAACCUCAAGAGCCAGCAUUGCAGUGUCGAGAUGGCUAUGAACCCUGUGUAAAUGAAGGAAUGUGUGUUACCUACCACAAUGGCACAGGAUACUGCAAAUGUCCAGAAGGCUUGUUGGGGGAAUAUUGUCAACAUCGAGACCCCUGUGAGAAGAACAGCUGCCAGAAUGGUGGGACUUGUGUGGCCCAGGCCAUGCUGGGGAAAGCCACGUGCCGAUGUGCCUCAGGGUUUACAGGAGAGGACUGCCAGUACUCGACAUCUCAUCCAUGCUUUGUGUCUCGACCCUGCCUGAAUGGCGGCACAUGCCAUAUGCUCAGCCGGGAUACCUAUGAGUGCACCUGUCAAGUCGGGUUUACAGGUAAGGAGUGCCAAUGGACCGAUGCCUGCCUGUCUCAUCCCUGUGCAAAUGGAAGUACCUGUACCACUGUGGCCAACCAGUUCUCCUGCAAAUGCCUCACAGGCUUCACAGGGCAGAAGUGUGAGACUGAUGUCAAUGAGUGUGACAUUCCAGGACACUGCCAGCAUGGUGGCACCUGCCUCAACCUGCCUGGUUCCUACCAGUGCCAGUGCCCUCAGGGCUUCACAGGCCAGUACUGUGACAGCCUGUACGUGCCCUGUGCACCCUCGCCUUGUGUCAAUGGAGGCAUCUGUCGGCAGACUGGUGACUUCACUUUUGAGUGCAACUGCCUUCCAGGGUCCCAUAAUCUAAACCAGAUGACUUCAGCUUUGGAUAAAUAUAUAGAAGGAAAUUUAAAGAGAAUUCAAAACAAUAGAUGAUGCAGUGACACUGUGAAUAAAUGUUAUUUAUACAGUUUGUAAGAUUUCAUGCUCGUUGUUCGUAUGUCCCAGGUGGAGUUCAGAAAAUAUUCACUUCAUUUCCACAAACGGAAAUAGUGCCUAGAGAUGGUUUUCUUUUAAAAAGUCCUUUUCAUAAUGCAGUGCCCUUCCUUCCAUUGCCCUUCAUUCCAUUGCUUCCCAUGCUUGUCAAGAGAUUAAAAUGUUACUUAUAGUAAUAGUCACUAUCUCAAUGUAAAUGGCACCCUUAUUUGAUGAGAAUUAUUAUUUCAGUUCUAAAAAUGGGGAAACAAAGUCAGCAGGAGGCAAAGUAGCUUGUUAAAGUAUUCUGCAACUUUCAAAUGGUUGCUUCCACUGCAUUUCACAUCUUGGCACUUCUAAUUGAGGGUUACUCUAACCACCCUAUUUGAAAUUGUAACUGUCCCCCACCCCCUUAAUUACUAACCCUGGUCUACUUUUUGUUUUCUUUUUCUGUAACUCUUAUCUUCUUACUAUAUAAUUUAUACUAUAUAAUUUACUUCAUUAUGUCUAUUGUUUAUAGUCUGUCUUUUCCAAAUUCUACUGCCUCUUACCCUCUCCAGAAUGAAAACUAGUAUCUUUGUUUUUGUUUACUGAUGUAACCCAAACACCUACAAACAGUGCCCAGUAUAUACUAGGCCCGCAAAUAUAUAUUGGCUGACUGACUGUAUGGUUUAUUAUCAUGUCAUAGUAUUGAGACUGUAACUUUGGUCUUCUCAUUUUCUUCUUUGUAUUGUGCGUCCUAGACUUAGUUUGGCCUCUCCUUUUGUCCUUGUAUACUCUUAAUACUGGAUAAGAAUUUUGGAGUCUUUUUCAACUCUGAGUCAGUGAAUGCCACAUAACUUAGUGACUAUAUUUAAAUGGUUAAUUUACAAUUCUUUCCCUGCAAAGGAUACUGUAGUCACUGUGAGUAUUUUAGUAUUAUUGUAGGACUCAAGAGGGAAUUAAAACUACAAAAAUGACUCAUCUUGUAUGACACAGAAAUGUUUGUUCACAGAGGGAGGAGAAAAAUAUCUUCAAGAGAGAACUCAUAGAAUCAAAUCAAUGAACCAUGUCUCAUCUUUUUGGAUAAGUAACUGUUAGUAAUCCAGACACUUCAUGAGCUUUCAUUAUGUAAAGUCUUUAGCAGAAGCUAAAGGAGGGGCACCAACCACAGUAAUUUUAAUUUAAGAACACAAUGGAGCAUGAAAAUAAAUUAUUAAAUCAUUUACUCCCACUAUUUUUGGGUUAGGGCCAAUAAUGGGGAGAGAAAGAGGUAGACUAGUUUUGUGUUUGUGGCUGUUUUAGUAGAGUAGCACAAGUAAUCAAAAAACAGUAGGCUGUUUUGAAUUUACUGGCUGUCCCUUAUGAGUUCACAGUUGGAUUGGACUGUCCUCAAUGUACUUUCUUUUUUUUCUUUCUUUCCCACAUCUCUUUAUUUCUCUGAUUUUGUUUAAACUUCAUAAAGAGCUCUCUGAUCUUUCCUUUCCAAACAAUGAAGGUUUAUCCUUUGUAAACUACCUCUGUACUCCACAGGCUGAUGAUAUGUGAUAUCCCUAUAUCAUUAAAGUAAAGCCUAAGCACA